GGUCGCCCUCCGAGCACCCCGAACCCUCCCCUUCCCCUCAGGACUGCCGGGACCCCGCGGGGAGCCCGGGCCGCGCGGAGAGGCGGGCCCCGCGGGUGCGGCGGGGCCAGCGGGGGAGUGCGCGGUGCCCCCGCGCUCCGCCUUCAGCGCCAAACGCACGGAGAGCCGGGAGCCGCCGCCGCCGGACGCGCCGCUGCCCUUCGAGCGGGUGCUGCUGAACGAGCAGGGCCACUACGACGCGGCGUCGGGCAAGUUCACCUGCCGCGUGCCCGGCGUCUACUACUUCGCGGUGCACGCCACGGUCUACCGCGCCAGCCUGCACUUCGACCUGGUCAAGAACGGCGAGUCCGUGGCCUCCUUCUUCCAGUUCUUCGGGGGGUGGCCCAAGCCCGCCUCGCUGUCGGGCGGCGCCAUGGUGAGGCUGGAGCCCGAGGACCAGGUGUGGGUGCAGGUCGGGGUGGGCGACUACGUCGGCAUCUACGCCAGCGUCAAGACGGACAGCACCUUCUCCGGGUUCCUGGUGUAUUCCGACUGGCACGGCUCCCCUGUCUUCGCUUGACGUCCGCGGGCAGUGCGCCUGCUGCUCUCACUCCCAGGGGCGGGGUGUCACCACGUCCUCCGGGAAGGCUGGCCCCCACAAUGCUGUGAAUGACGAGGGGUGCCUGGGGCGCGCCCGCUGCUGGCAGGGGGUGGGGACAGGCUGUCUGAGUCAGGGCCUCGGCAUCGGGCACCGGUGGUUCUGCCCAAGACCCAGGGAGUGCGCUGUGCUGGCAGGUGGGGUGCUCUCUCCCUGGGACUCCGCUUCUCUCCUUCUCCCCUGCCCGCUUCCGCUUCUGGCCCUUUCAGUAGAGGCCAUUCAAUAAAUCUACAAACCCCUC